ACAUUGGUUUACAUUAUAUUUUUUUGACACAAAAUAAUGGGUUAUUAUUUUGGAUGACAAACGCAAUACUAAUUACAAUACAAUCAAAUUGUUUGUCAUUUUAUUAAAAAAAGUUUAUUAACACUAAUAUUAUAAUUAUUAUUAUCACUAAAAAAAAUGAUCAAUGAUUUAGAUUGAAUAUCAAGUGAUUGAGUUUACUUUUGCUUAAUUUUGACGAUAAUUACAAUCAGAUUUGCGUGAAGACAGAAAAUAUUGGACACAUAUUUUUUGUCCGUUAGUGAUUAAACAGCGAUACGGAAAUGCAGGCCAUCCUCGAGGACUACAUUUCACCGGACGAGUUGAAGAAGUUUUGGCAAACAUAUGAAAACGAAAGGCGAAAAUCUAAGGAUGGUUUGGUUAGUCCGCAGACGCGGUUCGAGUACGCGUUGGCACUGAUCCGGUCGCGAUACCCGACAGACAUACACCGCGGAAUCACCGAACUGGAGGACUUGUGUUCGACGGGCGACCCGCAGGCCCGUCGAGAUUAUCUUUAUUAUCUGGCUUUGGCCAACACUAAACUUAAGGAGUAUCAAAGAGCGCGCGACUGCAUCAAGAAGUUCUUGAGCGUCGAGCCGGAGAACAGACAGGCACAGGAAUUGGACAAACUUAUCAAAGAUAAACUGACAAAAGAGGGUCUCCUCGGUAUGGCAAUGGUCGGCGGCGCCGCCGUUGCCAUCGGCGGACUCAUUGUGGCCGGCAUUUCGAUGGCCAAGAAGUAAUGUCAAUCGCUUUUUUGCUUUUAUUGUUUGUCUUGUUUAUCAAUGCACUCAUAAGUAUUAAUAAUAAUAAUAUUUAAAUA